UGACGCUACAUCUUCCGGCGUCCGGCAUUUACGAAGCACGCGUUUAUCAAGCGUUGCCUGAUAUUUUUUGAAAAACCAUAACAAAAAUGUCGUACAAGGGACCGCAGAAAGUCCAGAAGGUGAUGGUACAACCCAUCAACCUUAUAUUUCGAUAUUUGCAAAACCGUUCGCGUGUGCAAGUUUGGCUGUUCGAGAAUGUGAACCUUCGUAUCGAGGGUCAUAUAGUUGGCUUCGACGAGUACAUGAAUUUGGUAUUGGACGAUGCUGAGGAGUACCAUAUGAAAACGAAGAACAGAAAACCGCUGGGACGCAUUAUGCUGAAGGGCGACAACAUAACAUUAAUACAGAAUACUAAUCCAGGGGCGAAUUAAUUACCGAAGGAUGACCUAACCUCGAAGGACAUCUCCGGAUAAACACAAGCGCAUUAUCUUGAUCCCAGCGAGGAUCUCGUGUGUGAAUUGUAUACACAUGCAAAAAGUGAUAUUUGUUGGACACUAUGCGAAGACAUUGUUGACACUUCGAACACUAAACGUGGCGCGUAACUGAAGACGAUUAGAAUUAGAUAAUGACAAAUUGAUUAAUACAAAUUGUCACCGGAUAUCACUGUCAUCUUGGAAUGGCAAUAUCGUACCCGAAUAGAAAACUACCUUUUUGUAACGAUUUCAUACCUUUCGAGGAAUCUAGAACAUUUGUAUGUUAAGAACUGUGCCCGCAGGGUAUGUUUCUUCCAAUAAAAACACUACGAUCUGCGUUUUGCUCAUAUACAGAACUGUACUUUGUUUUAUACUAUUGAUUUUCCUCAACAACUAUGGAUGUAAAUAUUACGCGAUGAAACAGUUACUGUACCAAAUAUGGAAUUGACUUAUCCUUAAUAAAUAUUUUUGAAUCACAACGUUA